AUGCAUCCUAACCAACAGCCGCCUAUGUAUACAACUCGACACUAUAUUCAUAAUCCGCAAUCAAAUCCUGCGUCGCGCCCACCUGCUCCACCUUACCCAUACUAUACAAAUAAUCAACCUCCAACGUCAGUCACUUAUAUAAACGACAGACCGAACUAUGGGCAACCGAUGCGACCGCAACAGCCACAAUCCUAUGCUUCACCGAACACCACCAACUAUCCCCCAGCACAGCCAAGACCGCCGCCACCACCAACACAAAACAAUUUUAAUCGAAAUAGUUAUGGUGGCCCAGCUGGAGGAGUCGGUGGGGGUGGUAUUGAAAAAACAAAUAUUAUGUCAAAUGAAAGUCCGUUUCAUGAUCCAGCACGUGGAUACGAACAAUACAAUGCACAGCGAACUGUUCAAUCGAUCACAUCGCCUCCAAAGGGUGGUGGUAACAUAGAAAAGACAAACAUGAUGUCAAAUGAAAGUCCAUUUCAUGAUCCGGCACGUGGAUACGAACAAUACAAUGCACAGCGAACUGUUACAUCGAUCACAUCGCCUCCAAAGGGUGGUGGUAACAUAGAAAAGACAAACAUGAUGUCAAACGAAAGUCCAUUUCAUGAUCCGGCUCGUCGACACGAGCAAUAUAAUGCACCACGUACCAUAACAUCGAUAACAGCACCACCGAAAGGUGAUGGUGGAUUGAAUAAAACGUUGAAUCUUUCGGAAGAAAGUCCCUUUCACGCUGUUUAUGCUAGUUACCACUAUCCAUCACAAAUUGACCCAACGAAACGAAUUACGAAUCAAAAUUCAGGUGUACGUUCGACGGAUAAUAAGUCCUUGAACUUAUCCGAUGAAAAUCCAUUUCAUUCAAUUUAUGGUGGUUAUCACUAUCCUUCCCAAAUUGAUCCAGCGAAACGAAUUACUGAAAUGCCAAAAGCUGCCGGACCUUUGUCAGCAACAAAUGACAUGUCUCGUGAAAAUCCCUUCAAUCCUUAUCGACCUCCAUCCCCGAGAAACUAUCCACCAGGUCCCGCACCAAAUUCGUAUCCGCCCAAUAAUGAUAAUUGGGACAGAAAUAAUAAUAUGGGUCAACCUGCAAAUCGUUACAGUCAAGGACAGAAUCAAUCGUUACCACCACCACCACAACAACAACAACAACAACCUAACUAUUAUAAUCAACCGCAAUCAUCAUCGAUGCGUCCACCGAGCCCUCCAGUACACCAACCGCCGGCUCGUCCCCAACCUCAAAAAGCAAAUCCAUCUGCUCCGUUAGAUAAAACAUCUUUGAAUAUGAGUCCAGAUAAUCCAUUCGCAUCAGCCUAUGGACAAUAUCACUAUCCAUCACCAGAAGAAAUCAAAGCUCAGAAAAGAGCGGCCGAACACAUGAAUCGCUAUGGUGAUCAACAACCGGUUAAUAAUACUCGACCAGGACCACCAGCAAAUCAAAUGACUGAGUAUCCCGAAACAGAAAAAAAAGAUGUCAUCGCCGGGAAAGGAAAUACAAAAUUUUCUCGCUUCGACGUGAACAUGUAA